AAAAAAAAAAAAAAAAUUAAAAAUCUUUGAUGCCCUGCCUGUGAGAGCAUAAACUUUGAUGCUUUGACAAUAUGUCCAUCUACUAAAAUAUCUUCCCAGAUAUUAUCCUGUCUUUUUACUUGUCAAUUAUAUAUAUAUAUAUAUAUAUAUAUAUAUAUAUAUAUUCGUGGCAAUAUCAUUUGAGGCAUGUAACCUUUUAUGCAGAAGUUCAAGCAGUAAGAAGAAAGAUGAGGUCUUUCUUGAUUUUUCUAGUGUGUUUUGAGGUUUUGGCAAUUACCAUAUUCUCUGUGGCUCAGUUGUCACCAAAUGAUGCAUACCCAUCUGCUUACGGCGAUGAUUGCGGUCAAACUGGUGAGAAUUUGAGUCCUUUGAGGAGGGAAGUUUAUGACAGCGGAAGAAUAUUUGAUAUCACACAUAGGUUUACUCCUGAAACGCCCUCCGGGGACUCUGAGGAUGGGAUCGGACAAUUCCUUACCCUUUCUAUGAGCAUGAAGAACGGCUCGGAUUAUAACUUCUCUAUUUUGAAGUUAGCUGUUCAUGCUGGUACUCAUGUUGAUGCGCCCGGACAUAUGUAUGAUCACUACUUUGAUGCUGGGUUUGAUGUAGACUCUCUUGACCUGCGUGUCCUCAAUGGUCCUGCAUUGUUAGUUGACGUUCCAAGGGAUAAGAAUAUAACUGCUGAAGUUAUGAAAUCCUUAAAUAUUCCAAGGGGAGUACGCCGUGUGUUAUUCAGAACAUUAAACACUGACAGGCGGCUUAUGUGGAGAAAGGAAUUUGAUUCAAGCUUUGUGGGAUUCAUGAAAGAUGGGGCAAAAUGGCUGGUGGAGAACACUGACAUCAAACUUGUUGGAAUCGAUUAUUUGUCUGUUGCUGCCUUUGCAGAUCUGAUUCCUUCUCAUCUUGUUUUUCUAGAAAGCAGGGAAAUUAUUCUUGUGGAAGGUCUGAAACUCGAUGGUGUCCAGCCGGGAGUAUACACUGUCCAUUGCUUACCUCUAAGGUUGGUCGGUGCUGACGGCUCGCCUAUAAGAUGCAUCCUCAUCGAUUGACACCAUCCUUUUUUUGCAGGAAAAGUUGGCUUCACAGGAGGUUUUUGAGUGGAAUAACGCGCGAGGCUCGGUUUCAGAAUCGCCGUGGCUGUUUGGAGCAACGUGCAAGCUUUAGAGUAGAUAAACUUCACCUUAUAUUGCAUAUUUAGUGCCCUAUUUAUCUAUGCAAAGCUAGGUGUAUUAGUAAUUGGUAAGGUAAACACCUAUUUCAAACUCUGUAUAGGUUUUAUGGGAAGAGCUUAGAGCUACGUAAAAAUUUGUAUAAGCAAUAAAUAUAUAUAUAUAUAUAUAUAUAUAUAUAUAUAUAUAUCAUAUUUGACAUAAUGUGACCUGAAAAAACUUUUUAUGGAACCAUUGUUGCCUUGUUGGUUUGCA